GUCGGUCGUGGAAGGAUGUAUUUCCGCAUUUCGCACAAAUAUUCUCAAUUUACCCCCCGAGUCCUUCGACAAAAGUGUAAAUAAAGCACAAAAAAUUGCUAAAAGUGUCCAAAUUAAUUAAAUUUCAUGAAAAUAAUACAGAAAAUCGAGCUUAAAAUUAAUUCUUGAAUAAAGCCGGGGGAGACGAACCUGUUGAACAACAUUCAUUCAUUCAUAAAACAAAAAAAUCGUCUCCCAUUGAUGCAAUUCGAAUAAAAUAAAUAAAUGUUUUUCGUAAAUAAAUAACAAAAAGUGCAUGUUAAGAAAAAAAAAUUAAAUUUUUGACAAAUUCUGUGUUAAAAAAAAAAUAAAGCCAUUAAUGAACCGAAACUAAAGCGGGAAUUAUUGGGCAAUCAAACAAACACCACAAAAGAAGGAGGAAUAAAAAAAAGAAUGCAUGUCUGUGAAUAAAAUAAAUGUUUAUAACAAAAAAAGUAUCGUGCCCGGAUGUCAAUGUGUGUGCGCGAAUGAUGUGAUUCAAAUAUUUAAAUAAAAGACGACGACGACUACGUUUGAAAUUGCAUUCAAAUAAUAAAUAAUAAUAAAAAAAUUAUUAUUACUUUCGUAAUUUGCAUUAAUUGAAGAGUGUUUGUAUGGAAAUGUCCCCUCAAUGCAUCCGAGUUAGCCAUAAUAAAAAGCAAAAAUAACAAAAAAUUAAAUAAAAUUCAUCAAAAUGGGCUUAGCAUUCUCGAAAGCCGAGUCCGAGGACCAAAUUGACACAAGUCAUCACAACGGUCAUCAUCAUAACAAUGGAACGAUACGCGAUGAAAUCCGCUUGGAUGCAGCUGGCGACGUCAAAUUUCCCACGAAACAACUGCCGAACUACCAUUUCCGUCAGAACAGCGUUCGGAGCAAACAACCACUGCCAGAUGCGAGCGAAGUCGAGAAACAAUUCGCCAAAUUACUGGCAUCAAUGGAUCUUCCGCCGGAUAAAGCACGACUUCUCAAAAAUUACGACCUCGAGAAGAAAUGGGACAUGAUAUGUGAUCAAGAAAUGGUCCAUGCAAAGGAUCCGCCGUCACAUUACUUGACCAAAAUGCGAACGUAUCUAGACCCAAAAGCAUCAAAAAGUAUCAAAAAGCGAAAAAUGGUUGGCGAAAGCACAAGUACGCAAGUCUUGCGUAAUUUGGAGAUUUCGCUGCGAACCAACAACAUCGAGUGGGUGAAAGCAUUUCUCAAUGACGAAAAUCAAGGUCUCGACGUACUAAUUGACUACCUGUGCUUCCGAUUGGCAAUGUUGCGGAAUGAGCAACGCAUCGAAGAAGCGCUUAUCGAGUCACGUGAAGGCAUGAACAACAGUUCGCAAGCGAUCAGUACGAACGACGUGGAAUUACGACCAAAUAACAACAAUGGUUACUUGCGACCUGCACUCGGACAACUUCUCGAUAGUCCGACGAACAAACGGAAUGCCAAACACAUCCACAAACUAAAUAUGGGCAAUACGACAGACGAUAUUCACGUCUGCAUCAUGUGCCUGCGUGCAAUCAUGAACAACAAAUAUGGCUUUAAUCUGAUGAUACAGCACCGGGAAGCCAUUAACUGCAUAGCUUUAAGUUUAAUUCAUAAGUCGCUGCGAACGAAAGCACUAGUCCUUGAAUUAUUGGCUGCCAUUUGUCUCGUAAAGGGCGGGCACGAGAUAAUUCUUCAGGCAUUUGACAACUUUAAGGUUGUUUGUCACGAAGAACGACGUUUCGAGACACUCAUGAAGUACUUUAUGAAGCCCACGGACUUUAAUAUCGACUUUAUGGUUGCCUGCAUGCAAUUUGUGAACAUUGUGGUGCACAGCGUCGAGGAUAUGAACUAUCGCGUGCACUUGCAAUACGAAUUCACGACAUUAGCCUUGGAUGAGUAUCUCGAAAAGCUCCGGAGGAACGAAAGUGAGGAGUUACAAGUGCAAAUAUCCGCUUAUCUGGACAAUGUUUUCGAUGUGGCGGCAUUAAUGGAAGACAGUGAGACAAAAACUGCCGCUUUGGAACGCGUCAAUGAGCUGGAAGACGAUUUAAGUCGCGCUAAAGAUCGAAUCGAAGACUUGGAACGAGAAAUGCUCUACAGAAUCGGCGAACUGGAUGCUGAAUUGGCAACAACUCGUGUAGAACGCGAGAAUUUAAUGCAAAAAUUGACGGCAUACGAAGAAGAAAUCAACAAUUUGACGCAAGUAAUCAACCAAUUGGAACAAUCAUCGAAAAAUCGCGAAUCUCUGGCACUCGAAUGGGAAGCUGUAAGCAAAACAUUGCCGAAAGGCAUCUCAAUCGCUGACAUUCCAAAACUGCUGGAACAGAAAUCCACAAGCAACUCACCUACAUCGAAUGGACCAACAACUGCUUCAGACGCUUUGAAGGUUACUCAACCACCUCCUGCACCUCCAAAACCUCCUCCGCCGCCAAAUGCUGCACAAAAAUCAUCUCCUCCGCCGCCGCCUGCCCCGCCAGGUUCGAUGGGUCCUCCUCCGCCCCCAGGAAUGCCAGGAGGAAUGCCUCCCCCGCCGCCAAUGAUGGGAGGAAAUGUCGACAUGAAAACGCUGCGACGUCCCGUACAAACUUUAUACAAGUUACCGACACUCAAUUGGCAGGCAUUGAAGCCGAAUCAAGUCAAAGGCACAAUUUUCAACGAACUAGAUGACGAUAAACUCCAUAAAACGAUCAACUUUAGCGAAUUCGAAGAGAAAUUCAAACUUGGCGGAAGUUUGGUGAAUGGACAUGAUCAAAGAGACGGCGUUUCGCAUACGAUGACGAAAAAACCUGAGAAACAAUCGUUACUCGAAUCGAAUAGAUUGAGAAAUUUGGCAAUCUUACGACGGAAACUCGACAAACCCAUUGAGGAAACGAUAAUCUCUGUGAAUAACUUUGACCUUCGAUCAUGCUCGUUAGAAAAUGUAGAGUUGCUACAAAAGAUGAUGCCGACAGAACAAGAGACGAAACUUUUCAAACAGUUUGUUAUCGAUCGGAAGGAUGUGAAUCAACUCACCGAUGAAGAUAAAAUGUUGCUGCAACUGACGAAAGUUGAACGACUUUCAGCGAAAUUGUCUAUUAUGAGCUACAUUGCCAAUUUCGUUGACUUAGUUCAUCAAAUUGGACCUCAAAUUUAUUCCGUUAUCUCCGCAUCAAACAAUCUCAAGUCAUCCAAAAAAUUCCGUGAAGUUCUCGAAAUCAUCUUGGCGUUCGGAAAUUACAUGAACAGCAGUAAACGAGGCCCCGCAUACGGAUUUAAGUUACAAAGCUUAGACACCUUAUGCGACACAAAAUCCAACGAUAAACGAAUGAGCUUGUUGCAUUUCGUGGUUUUGACAAUUCGUGAUAAAUUUCCGCAUUUACUUGAUUUUGACGCUGAACUAUCAGGCAUAGACCAGGCAGCGCAAGUAACGUUGGAAAUUGUCAUGGGAGAUGUCAACGAAUUGGAUCGCGGCAUGGAAGCUGUGCGCAAAGAAGUGAAUGGCGUCAAAGGAAAUGCCCAACAAAAUCCCGUGCUGAAAGAUUUCCUUGCCAAUAGUGAGGAAAAGUUGAAAAAGAUGAAAACUCAAGCGAAAAAUGCACAAGAUGCGUUCAAGGAUUGUGUGGAGUUCUUUGGAGAGUCACCUAAAAAUACGGAUGCCAAUGCUUUCUUCACGUUAAUCGUGCGAUUUGUCAAGGAAUUUAAGAACUGUGAUCAAGAAAAUGAAAAACGUCGCCGUUUGGAAGAAGCGACAGCCAAGGCAUUGAAUGCCCCGAGUCCCGUUAUCAGCAAUGGCGAGCCCCUAGCUUUGCGACCACGCAACACCAAUCUCUCAAAGGACUUGUUGAACGAGUUAAGUCACGCCGUACAAGCACAAAAACGCAAGCUGCUGGAUCAGGAUCAAGUCAAUCACGGAACUUUCGAAGAUUUGUUAGUGCAACUCAAGAGCGAGCCGUACCGCAGAGCAGAUGCCGUUCGACGAAGUCAUCGCAAACACCUGGAUAGCAACCGAUAUUCACGAACGUUUGAAGAGAUGAACGUCUAACACGAGAAAAUCGACCCUCGCCAACGCGUUUAUGUUACUAUUUUUAUAAGAAAUCCAUUUAUAUUGAGAAAAAAUAUAUAUUUUUUGUACAUACCUAUAUUAAAGACUAUAUCAAAGCUUCUUGUUGCUUGUUUUAAUAAAAUUUUUAAUUUUUAACUUUUUUGGAGAUUUCCUCAAAUAUACAAAACGAUCAAUGUUGUAAAUAUUAAAUAUACAAAAAAAAAAUCCAAAAAACCGACCAAUAUAUAAAAUUGUUGCCUUAUUUUGCUUUUUAUAAAAAAGUGUAAAAUAAAGAUAACUAAGAUACAUAUAUCUAGUUUGUAAGCUUUUAAAGACUUGUAAAAGCACAAAAAUAAUCAUUUUUAUCGAAUAUUAAAAUUAUAUGAAUCAAAAAAUAAUGGAAGUUAGGAGCAAAAAAGACA